AAUCUUCGAUGGCACCAAAAUUCUUAGAACCUCCGCAAAACCCCUUCUUCUCCUCCCUCCUUUUCCAUUUGAAGGACAUGGCGUUACAGCAGAGUCAUCGUCUCACGGCGUUUCUGAUGCUUUUAGGCGUUCUGAUCGUUGUUCUUCCUCUUGCCCACUGCGAUCCGAUCCACGAUCUCCUCAGAAACAAUGGGUUGCCUGCCGGUCUCCUCCCGAAGGCUGUAAAAUCGUAUAAUCUACACGAAAACGGCCUUCUGGAAGUGUUCCUCGAUCGGCCUUGUUUAGCGAAAUUCGAGGACAGAGUCUACUUUGAUAGUGUUGUAAAAGGUAAUCUCAGCUAUGGAGCACUUGCUGGGCUUGAAGGUCUCUCACAGAAAGAGCUAUUUCUAUGGUUACCCAUUAAAGGGAUCGUAGUUGACGAUCCAUCAUCGGGCGUUAUACUUUUCGACAUCGGAGUCGCUCAUAAGCAACUUUCCCUUUCUCUCUUCGACGAUCCGCCUGAUUGCGAACCCAAAGGGCAUGGGUCACUGAGUUUCAGAUCAGGCGUUUCGGAUGGCAGGAAGCAGAAGGGAUUUGACGCCCAAAGAUGAAACUAAUUGAAACCGCUUCCCUGUGCUUUUCCCACUUCCUCCCCUUCUCUUUUUCUUUCUUGCCAUUAGAGAUGUGUAUUAGGGCUGUAAAAAUCGGAAAUUUGGGAAUUAGGGUUUUGGACUUGUGUUUGUUAUGUUUUUUCGUCUUGCAAAUAUAUAUAUACAGUAAAGGGAAGGGAUCAAAGCGAGUAA